ACGUCUUGAUUGUUUUUACAGAGUUCUUCAUUCCGAUGAGUUCACGUCCGGAAAUAUUCUUCGCCGAGUGAGUGAAAUUGAUGAGUCUCUCAACAGGCAGUUGAGAAAAGGGGUGGAGGAAAAUUUGUCACGAUUACUAGAACAAACGACAGCUUUAGAGGUUUUGGAUAGAACUCAGAGCAGUGUUCAUUCUGAGAUGAACGACGUGUAUGAGACAUGCGACAAAUUUGCGAAAACGUUGGACUCGCUGCUGUGCGAUUAUCGCAAGUUAACGUUAUCGCUAGAGCAGAUUAUUUCAGAAAGGAAUCUGACUGCAGACGCCCUUAGGUGUGAAGGCUUGGUGGAUUCACUUGAAAAGAGACAUGAGAUAGUCAAACGCUCGGAAAUAGUGAGUGAAAUUAAAGGAGUCGUUGCGGACAACCCUGAUCUGCUGUCUGUUACGUGGCUGCGAGAAACACUGAAAACAACUUUGAAGGCCGUUGAGAAAGAGGUACGUCGUUCUGCUGCAAACGACAUGAGGCGGGGCCUCGCAAGUCUUAACGCUUCAUUGGUUGCUUCGGCAACUAGGGCUCUGGCUAAUCUUGGCGUCUUAGAAGCUGAGCUUGAAGUAUAUCUGGCAUCUUCUACAGCUGAGAUUGACAAGGAAUUCCUUGAACUUUCGUCAAAUCCAGAUAACAGUGUUCGUCUUGUACAACAAUGUGUCAGUCAUAUACAUUCACAAAUUGACCAGUUUACUUUGUUAGGCAGCAACUAUUUGACGAAAUUCAUUGAAGGAUUAGUACGUAGCAUUCGUGCACGGGUUCCACUGGAUGCACCUUUUGCGUUGAAAUUUGUACAGCAGAUGAGCAGAAUGUUGAUUGGGUCUCCAGAUUGUGUCAGACCUGUAGCUGAUGCUCUUCGACCACUGAAAACUUCUAUUUUAAGUCAGUCGUUGGCGAAGCUUCAUAAUGUUGUGGAACAACACGAUCUUACAAGUCAAAGUAGCAUUUUUGUUGACUUGUUAGUUUCCACCGUUGAAGAAGAAGUCAGACGUUUCGAAUGGGAUUCAGAGUUACGGGACGCAACACAAAGAAACGUGCAAAAGUGCUUAAGUAUGGUUGCAAAACGAUUGGAAUCAGAAAUUAAGUUGGAUCCAGAAAAUCUGCUGUUUGGAGAUCGUUUAAGAAAUGAUCAGUUGAAGAAUUAUAAAUUAUUGGAGGUUGCCAACAGUUUAACCAAUAAAUGGCCUGCUCAAGCAGCACCGUUACUAUCAUUUGAACUUGAAUGUGUAUCAACUAUUAUGGAUUCCAUUCGUGGAAGUAUAUUUGCAAUAAUUGGAUCGAUGCAUCAUGAAAUCGUUUUCGAAAAAUCGACAUCUCCCUAUAUGCAGGAGUUUACUGAAUACGUUUGUCGGGUGGAACGUCAUUUUUCACACUUUUAUUCCACAAUCAAAAGUACUUAUUCGUUGUCCUUAUUAGCAGACUAUAUCAUCCAAGUUUUUAUGCUCAACGCCACAUUGCUUAGGCCACUUAGUGACCGUAUUAGACAACAACUUUUUGCUGAUUUGGAAACUUUUUAUUUCAGCCUAUUGAAUGUGGUAGAUGCAAAGUUAGCCCCAAGUCGAAAAUAUCCAGACAGAAUACAGUUGCGUUCAGUAUUUUCUUGUGUAAGCCAAGAAACUGAAUACGAGCUGAUGAUGAGCUCUCCACUGCCUGCUUGGAUAUAUAUUCAUCUGCUUAUUGCCGAUAGCCCAGCCAGUCUCCUUUCGCCUCAUGUCAGUGUCGAAUGGACGGUGGACCAGUAUGUAAAAUGGUGCUCCGAGCAUUCUGAUGGCGAAAUAGUAUCGUUUCUUAGCGGUUUAUUGACUUCCUAUACCACAUCGGUUAUCAGCCGUCAUGAAACUAAAUACGUCCCUCACUACCCGAGAAUCAUGGAACUCAUCAGGAAGAGUGCGUCGUGA